AUGGCUAUAAAUAAAUGUAAGCUCGUGAUUUUUAUAGUCAGCAUACUGUCAAGGACAUUUGACCUUGCAUGUGAUUGGUUGAUCUAUUACGAGGUAAGCGGUCUCGAACAAGGUCUCGUUUUCGGCCCCUUUUCUACAGGCCUCGAGAUAUCCCUCCUAGUGUUCUGUGGUAUUGGGAGCGCUGUCUACAUCCUGGAUGUAAUCCUAGGUCUGGUGGACCUUAAUCACGAGGAUUAUCUCCCUGCAUGGCUACUAGAUGGCGUUAACGUCGUGUCGAUAUGGUUCGCGGACGUGCCCCAGAUAUUAAUUAAUGUGUACAUAGCGGGCUGUAGGGAGGAGGCGAUCAGUAUCCUACAGAUGGCCAAGGCCAUAGCAACGCUCGUGGAGGUUCUCACCAACAUAGGUUUUGCCUUCGCCAAGUCGUGUUACAUCAAGUUCAAGAGCAAGAAAACUGAGCGGAAUGGAAUAUUUCUGAAGGUCUUCAUCGGUAUCGGUCUUACAGUGAUGUUAGUAGGGUCAAUAAUGGUGUUCGGCUUGACCCAUUUCUAUUUGGACUCGGAUAAAGUUGUACAGUUUUACAGUCCCCAAAGUUUUUAUAGUGGCAAAUAUGAUUCGCACAAGUAUCUCAAUAGGUCCGGCAUCAACAUGCAUUUUGAUUCUGGUCAAAGCACCAUUGUUACAAUGAACCCAGGCCAAUGGAUAAAAUUAGCGGAUAUAACGGAUGCCACUUCCGGUACGUCUCAGUCAGUUGUUGCAAGUGUGAAAUAUAAUUCAAGUCCUAACACCAGAAUCUGGAUCCAAUCCACCACGUUGUCUGAUCUAACCGCGGCAGAGAAGUCCACUUGUUACGAUACAUCCACGACGCCGUUCACGGUCGUGACGUCAUGUUCGACCGACUUGCCUGCAACAGCUGUCACUACUUCAGUCGUGUUGAAGUUUGUCUACCAGGUCCCGAGCAGCGCUACACCGUUAGGGGACAUAAACUACAACUUCCGGGUGUAUGAAGGCAGCUGUGUCGCGACUGCGAGUAAUCCUCAGUUUUCUCUCGGGUACUCUAAUGUUUUGUCCAGUGUUGACAACUCGCUCCCCCUUGAGGCGUUGUCAGUAACUACCGGCCAGUACUACGUCAGUGUGACCUCACUACAAGGUAUAUCGAAGGCCUGGAAGACUGGACAGUUCGGCUGUGAAUCUACAGGGAGCACCGCGCCCAAACUUGACACGGCCAUCAUAAUCUCCUGUGUGACGUGGACAUAAUAUUUUGUUUAUCAUCUACCUAUACAUAAAUGACUCAACCAUAGUGUACACUAGGAUUGGCAUGUAGACUCCGGUAUAUACAUGUACAAAUGGG